CCAAGAAAGUCGACCUUAAUGCCUGCUAUCAAAACCACUCAAAAACAUCAUCUGAUCUUCCGACUUCCUUGUGGAUACUCAUUCUGGACGCAUGCGGCGAACACACCAGUGACUGUCUGAAAUCGAGACUGAAUUUUUGCUAUUCUCUCUCAGCCGAACAAGUUAGUGAAGUUCUGCUUGGAAAAGUCAGACUGUCUUGCUCUCCGCAAAGUUAGUUCUCAGCUUUAGCGGCUACAGUCUCCAGGAUCAUUCGCAGAAAGCCUGGCUGUGGUAACUGCCUUUCUUUUUAUUCUUCAAUCCCCUUUUUCUUUUCUUUUCUUUUUUCUUUUACUAUUUUUAGCCGGGUGAAAUUGGUGGUCCAUGCUCACAAAUGUUAGCUGUUGGGCAGAUGGAUGCUAAUCGGCAGAGUGCUUUCGUCCUCGGCAGUACACCGCUGGCAGCAUUGCACAACAUGACGGAGAUGAAGACAUCUUUAUUCCCCUACACUUUGCAGAAUCCCUCGGGUUUCAAAGCACCUUCUCUCGCGAGUUUGAACUCACAGAUCCCUCUGGGGACGCCGCAUGGAAUUAGCGAUAUCUUGGGUAGACCUAUUACCACGGCUGGACAACUGCUUUCGGGAUUUCCGCGGAUAAAUGGACUGGCCACUUCUGCAGGAAUGUACUUUAACCCAGCGGCCGUCUCUCGGUACCCGAAACCGCUGACAGAGCUGCCAGGGAGAGCGCCGAUAUUCUGGCCCGGUAUGAUGCAGACCUCACCGUGGAGGGACGCGCGGGUCCAGUGUCCGGGCCAAGCUAACAUCAUGCUGGAUAAGGACGGCAAGAAGAAACACUCCAGGCCCACAUUUUCGGGACAGCAGAUUUUCGCUUUGGAGAAAACUUUUGAACAGACCAAGUAUCUAGCAGGUCCCGAGAGAGCCCGACUCGCCUAUUCUUUGGGAAUGACAGAGAGCCAGGUCAAGGUGUGGUUUCAGAAUAGGAGAACUAAAUGGCGGAAGAGGCACGCGGCGGAAAUGGCAACGGCCAAAAAGAAACAUGACUCAGAAACCGAGAAGAUGAAGGAAAGUUCGGACAAUGAGGAUGACGACGAAUACAACAAACCCCUGGACCCAAAUUCGGACGACGAAAAGAUAACGAGACUGCUGAAAAAGCACAAGGCCACGAAUCUGACCCUAAUCAGCCCGUGCAGCAACAGCUCGGACGCCUUGUGAUGACACGUGACGGAGAGAAAGACUCAGAUAUUCCAAGAGGCUUAUAAAGCUGACUUAAGCAGGGUAUACAUGUUUAAAAGAAAUUAAAAUGCGGCGCUAAGUGGUGUUAUUAGUGAUGUACAGACGAUAAUGUAAGUGAGAUGUAUAUAUUUUUUACCGAGUAAGUUAUGUAAUUAAACAAUUGCGCGUUGGACUUGGACCCCCCAGACACACCCACAAUCCCGGAACUUCUUCACCUUUCUGAAUGUCUAAUUUUGUUUUUCACAAAAUGUUACCUAACAAUCUCUGCCAAGUUCUACAGCUAGAAUUCAAUACAAAGUUCUUCAUGUAAAAAAUACAAAUGUUGUAAAUUAUCAUGUAAAAAGAAAUUUUGUUUUAACAUUUUCCACUGCGACAGCACCCCCGUCCCCAAAUGAAGGAACUUGUUUUUAUUUUACCAAACAGCCAAAACUGGAAAACGGGACUAUUCUAUAAAUUGAAACACGAGAAUAUUGCUUCCACAAGAGUUAGGAAGAAAAAACUUUGUAUUAUCAAUAAAUUAUUUAACAAUC